UCCCAUUAUCCAAUAAAAAAUCUCGUGACAUAAUGAGAGAACCCGCCGCCUCCCCGUAACGGAUUCUGCGGAUACUUAGUUAGUAGUUACCGACUUACCGUCCCAUCCCAAACCCCCAAAUGAUAAACCCUAGAUUCGUCAAUUAACCUUCAACUCCCACACAGGCUUUUGCAUUUCAUACUUCAAAGUUCGAUUCUUUCAACCUUUAACCCAAAAAAUUCUCCCUCUUCGCCCAUGUCCCUCUUCUUCACCUUCCCCAAUUCAAGCUCCUCUUGCAGCAACUUACAUGUAACGAUAACAACACAAUUCGCGGUAAAAGGGAGUUUUUGAGGUUUUAAGAGUUGUUUUCGGUGAAUGAUGGAGGCUCGAGUUGGUAUAGUAGUAGAAGGUGGGCAGAAAGCCCUUAACGCCGCCCACGGCACCGUAGUCGAUGGCGGCGGGGCAGCUAAGUUUCUGCCGCAUAAUAAUCGCCGGAACCAGCAGCAGCAGCAGAAUCAACAACAGCGGCAGAAGUCGCAGAUAGGAAGCGUUCAUCAGCUUCUUGCCGGCGGCAUCGCCGGUGCUUUCAGCAAAACCUGCACUGCACCCCUUGCUCGCCUCACUAUCCUUUUUCAGAUACAAGGUAUGCAUUCUGAUAUGGCAACAUUGAGCAAGCCUAGCAUAUGGUUUGAAGCUUCCCGUAUUGUCAAUGAAGAAGGAUUUAGAGCAUUUUGGAAAGGCAAUAUGGUUACCAUUGUUCAUCGUCUCCCAUAUUCUGCUGUCAACUUCUAUGCCUAUGAACACUACAAGAAUCUAUUACAGUCACUGAUUGGUGAGAAUCAUAGCGGAAAUGCUAGUAAAAACCUAUUUGUGCACUUUGUGGGUGGUGGUUUAGCAGGUAUAACAGCUGCUUCUGCCACAUAUCCUUUGGAUCUUGUGAGAACGCGACUUGCAGCACAGAGAAGUGCUGUAUACUAUAGGGGCAUCUCACAUGCUUUCAGUACCAUUUGUAUGGAAGAAGGUUUCUUUGGUCUGUACAAGGGCCUUGGAGCAACAUUGCUGGGUGUUGGGCCCAAUAUUGCUAUUAGUUUUUCUGUUUAUGAGGCCUUACGUUCUUUUUGGAAGUCCCAAAGGCCCGAUGAUUCUACUGUCAUGGUCAGUCUUGCUUGUGGAAGUCUUUCAGGAAUUGCAUCAUCGACAGCAACAUUUCCUUUAGAUCUCGUAAGACGGAGGAUGCAAUUAGAGGGUGCAGGUGGUCGAGCUCGUGUUUAUAACAGUGGUUUGUUUGGGACAUUUAGGCGCAUAGUUCAAAAUGAAGGGUUGCGAGGUCUGUACAGAGGGAUUUUGCCCGAGUAUUACAAGGUUGUUCCUGGUGUGGGCAUUGUCUUUAUGACUUAUGAGACACUGAAGAUGCUUCUAGGAGAUAUUUGAAUCGUCAAUUUCCCCUAGUUUAUCCCAAAGAAACAUUCCAUUUGACCUUGUAAGGUGCAUGGUGCUUGUGGUUGUGGUUGAGCUCUUGUCUGUAAUACUACGAUUUAUGGAUUACAAUACAAAGCGGUUAUUUGCAAUCAGGACUAUAACUUAUGAGACAUUGAAGGGGCAUCUUAAGAGUUAUUAGCAUUUUCAAUAGUCAGUUUCAUGUGUCUAAUGGUAGUGUUAGUUGAAUAUGAUUUGAGUGGAGUAUGACUUUUCAGGGAAAAGGAUAUGCUUUAAUUUAAGAUUUCAUGGCUUCACAUGUUUCUAGGAAAUUUUGUAGUUAAUUUUGAUGUUACUACCUAUGUAAUUUGUUAGGUAGUUGUAGCUCAUGAGUUACUUCAAUUGUACUAAUUUCGGAUUUAGAUUUGAUCCAUACUGAAGUUAAUCAACAAAGGGAUCAUGUUGCAGGACAUUUGUUUUCCUUGGAAGUCUCAUUUUUACAAAUUUUGAUGAAAUAAUAUAUCAUUGUUGGAGAGGGUAUGAGUCUUAA